GAUGGCGGCCAAUCUGUAUACUAUUUUGCUGUAUUUGGUUGAACUGUGAUUCUCUGGUGAAUGUUUUGGGUAAAGUUGGUAUCUUUGGGUAAACACUAGGCCUAUCAACGCUCUACCUAGUACCUUGUUUAUUUGAGAAUAUAUUAUGUCUUACUAGGUAAUAGUUCCUCACGAUUUUAAAAGCAAGAACCCGAUAGGCCUAUGUCUUGAAACCUGGAGUCGAGUGUAGUAGAUGUCAGCCUUUCCUAGUUUGCAAAGGACACGUAUUAAUUUUCUUGUGUGGCGAAUUUCUUUAAUGCAGUGUUCGUGUACCUGAUGUAGAACUGUACCAAAUGGAAAUUGUACUCAAAUCGUCCCAGGUCUAAGACAAAAUGGAUGACCUUGCAUGAAUCUGAAAGGAAAUUCCGAAUUAGUAUCUGUACAUGGCAUACCCAUUUUGGACUGAUUGUCCUAAAUCUUAGCACAUUACAGAGACUACUGUGUCAGUUUGAAAAACACAAUGCCAGUGAAUACUGUUGUUACUUGUACUGAUUAACAGACACUGUUACUCAAGAAAACUUAAACAUGACUGAGGAGGAAGGGAAAGGUCUUAUUGCUACAGGGAAAACCUUUGAAGAACUUGCUGAUGAAUACUUGGGCGACACCGCAGGGUCUGAGAUAGGAGAUGAUGAUUUGGGUGAUCUGGCAGAGAAGUAUCUGACAGACUUGGUCACAGUUGACUUAGGGGAGAAGACAUUCAGUUGUUCUGGGGUUUCAGACAGUGAGAAGGCUACUUCAGAGAAACCAGCCUCGUCUAGUACGCUGGAAAAAGAUGCUGCUGUUCUUCCUGCUGCUUUCGAUUCGCAAAACAAAAGAAAAUCUCUGGGUUCUCCUGCAUCAUCUGAUAGGAAACAAAGGAAAACUGAAGAACUCGGAGAGAAGGACCAGGCCAAAGAGAAACUCACUGCCAAAGUUUCACCAACAGUAACAAAUACCUCUGUCAAUGAUAGUAAACCUGGGAAUGCAACAUCGGCAGAAACCAAAGGAGCAUCUAGUUUAACACAAGAGGGAGGCAAACACGAUAAGCCUAAACAAGUCGAAACACAAUCUUUAUCGGGUGGCCCUAAAACAAAAGAGUCCCGUUCAGGUGGUCCAAUGCGCAGUCAUGGCAGAGGGAACCAUCAAGCCAAAUAUUCCAGGGAUGCUGCAACUAGAUACUCUAGGCCAGGGCACAGAGAGCAGGAUAGGAGAGGGCUUUUGGGACAUUUUCCUUCCAGCCAUAAUCAUAAUAAUGUUAUGGCUAGACCGGAGAGCCAGAACAGGAAUGGACCAAGGAGUGCUAGUCAUGAUCAGAAUACAUUAAGAUGGAACAGUGAUCGAUUACCGUAUGAUUCUACUUGCAUCGUGGGGCCCCGUGGAGAAGGAAGAGACAUUGGUAGGUCAGACUUUCGUGCAACACAUCCUGAGGGUUUUGACAGGCGACAACCUCUCCUUAUUGAGAAUAUUGAUUUUCGAGGCCCACCUAUACCAAAUAGACAGCCUAUACUGAAGAAAAGAGAUGGUCUACUAGAUCCCCCUCAACCAUCUUUUCAAAGAAAUGAGUAUGUGCCUUCUGAAUUGUGCAGGAGAGAUGGUCUGUUAGAUCCUCCUCCUCAACCACCGUUCAAUAGGGAGGAGAAUAGUCGGAGAAAUGGUCUGUUAGAUCAUCCCCCUCAACCACCGUUCAGUAUGGAGGAGAAUAGUCGUAGAAAUGGUCUGUUAGAUCCUCCUCCUCAACCAGCGUUCAAUAGGGAGGAGAAUGGUCGUAGAAAUGGUCUGUUAGAUCCUCCUCCUCAACCAGGGUUCAAUAGGGAGGAGAAUAGUCGGAGAAAUGGUCUGUUAGAUCCUCCUCCUCAACCAGCAUUCAAUAGGGAUGAGAAUUUUAAGAGAGAUGGUCUGUUAGAUCCUCCUGAACCGUCAUUCAAUUGCGAAAGUAAUUUUAGGAGAGAUGGUCUGUUAGAUCCCCCUCACCAAGCUUGCAGUAGGGAACAGAAUAUGCAGCCCAUGAUGAACAGAAGAGAUGGACUGUUAGACCCUCCUCAACCGUCGUUCAAUAGGGAUGAACAUUUUCGGAGAGAUGGUAUGUUAGAUCCUAUGCAACCAUCGUUCAAUAGGAAUGAGAAUUUUAGGAGAGAUGGUCUGCUAGACCCACCUCAACCAUCGUUCAAUAGGGAUAAGAAUUUUAGGAGAGAUGGUCUGUUAGACCCUCCUCAAAAAUCGUUCGGAAGGGAUGAGAAUUUAAGGAGAGAUGGUCUGUUAGAUCCUAUGCAACCAUCGUUCAAUAGGAAUGAGAAUGUUAGGAGAGAUGGUCUAUUAGACCCUCCUCAACAGUCGAUCUAUAGGGGUGAGAAUUUUAGAAGAGAUGGUCUGCAAGACCCUCCUCAACCAUCGUUCGGAGGGGAUGAGAAUUUAAGGAGAGAUGGUCUGUUAGAUCCUCCACAUCAAUCGUUCAAUAGGGAUGAGAAUUUUAGGAGAGAUGGUCUGUUAGACCCUCCUCAACCGUCAUUCAAAAGGGAUGAGAAUUUUAGGAGAGAUGGUCUGCUAGACCAACCUCAACCAUCGUUUGGUAGGGAUGAAAAUUUAAGGAGAGAUGGUCUGUUAGGUCCUCCACAUCAAUCAUUCAAUAGGGAUGAGAAUUUUAGGAGAGAUGGUCUGUUAAACCCUCCUCAACAGUCAUUCAAUAGGGAUGAGAAUUUUAGGAGAGAUGGUCUGUUAGAUCCUCCACAUCAAUCGUUCAAUAGGGAUGAGAGUUUUAGGAGAGAUGGUCUUUUAGACCCUCCUCAACAGUCAAUCAAUAGGACUGAGAAUUUAAGGAGAGAUGGUCUGUUAGAUCCUCCACAUCAAUCGUUCAUUAGGGGUGAGAAUUUUAGGAGAGAUGGUCUGUUAGACCCUCCUCAACCGUCAUUCAAUAGGGAUGAGAAUUUUAGGAGAGAUGGUCUGUUAGACCCUCCUCAACAGUCAUUCAAUAGGGAUGAGAAUUUUAGGAGAGAUGGUCUGUUAGAUCCUCCUCCUCAACCAUCGUUUGGUAGUGAUGAGAAGUUUAGGAGUGAUGGUCUGUUAAAUCCUCCUCAUCCGUCGUUCAAUAGGGAUGAGAAUUUUAGGAGAGAUGGUCUGUUAGACCCACCUCAACUGUCGUUCAAGAGGGAUGAGAAUUUUAGGAGAGAUGUUCCCUUAGAUCCUCCUCCUCAACCAUCGUUCAAUAGGGAUGAGAAGUUUAGGAGAGAUGGGCUAUUAGACCCUCCUCAACAGUCAAUCAAUAGGGGGGAGAAUUUUAGAAGAGAUGGUCUAUUAGACCCUCCUCAACAGUCAAUCAAUAGGGAUGAGAAUUUUAGGAGAGAUGGUCUUUUAGACCCUCCUCAACCAUCUUUCAAUAGGGAUGAGAAUUUUAGGAGAGAUGGUCUUUUAGACCCUCCUCAACAGUCAAUCAAUAGCGAUGAUAAUUUUAGGAGAGAUGGUCUUUUAGACCCUCCUCAACCAUCUUUCAAUAGGGAUGAGAAUUUUAGGAGAGAUGGUCUUUUAGACCCUCCUCAACAGUCAAUCAAUAGGGGUGAGAAUUUUAGGAGAGAUGGUCUGUUAGAUCCUCCUCAUCCAUCGUUUGGUAGGGAUGAGAUUAUGCAGCCUCUGUUGAACAGAACAGGUGACCUGUUAGCUCCCUUAAACAGAACAUUUGUUGGGGAUGAGAACAGACAGAGAGAAGGCCUGUUAGAAGCCCCACACCCAACAUUCGGUAGGGAGGAGAACAAGUCGGCCAUGUUGUUGAACAGAAGAGACAGUCUACUGGAUCCCCCACACCCACCCUUAACAUGGGAUGAGAAUAAUAGGAGAGAUGGUCUGUUAGAUCCUCCACAACCAUCCCUUGGUAGGGGUGAGAACAGCCAGAAAGAUAGCCUGUUAUAUCCCAGACACCCUGUGCCAACACCAAACAGAAGAGGUCUGUUAGAUCCCCCUCUUGCCACGACUCUCAGCAGGGAUAUGUGUCAUUUUGAUUACAAAGGGGAUGGCAAUGAACGACAGGUACACAGAUCACACCCCAAGCCUCAUCUCCCAAGAGGUGAUCAAGGCAAUGGUGGACAGUCUGUGAACCAGAGGCCUCACCAUCAGCCUGUUGAAGAACCCCCCAAAGCAUCCUGCAGUGUUAAGGAAAUGCAGAGGACGGAUGCAAGGAAACCUAGAGAGUUCAGGCGAGGUGUAAGUGUACAUGAAUUCGUUACCAAGUUAGUAUUGAGUACGUUCAGCACAACUAGAAGUGCUACAUUGACAGUUGGAAAAUACAGCAUGCCAGCAAACUGUCAAUCUGCUGUUCCUCCUGAGAUCAACUUUCAACUGUUAAAAAGACUUCCAAAGAAUAUUCAGAAUGCGAACACCGUGUUAAUGGAUUGUCAGCGAUGGCUUGCAAGAGGUAUGACCCCAUUAGUCACACAAGUCAGUAUGUUUGGCAAGGCGCCCCAGACUUCAGGUGAGGUUUGUCGGAGAACGACUGAUUCAUUGAGGAUUUUGGCCUGUGCCUGUGUCAACAUCUCCAAAGCGAGACGCCUGCUGAUGAAAUGUCACCUGCCAGAAAAAUAUGGAGUCUUGUGCAAAAUGUCCAACUCUAUCACCAGCUAUCUGUUUGGUGAUAAAGUUGAUGAAGAUAUUCGCUGGAUACAGGCAGGAACCUCUAAGAGCAAGAUGCUAAAUGGACCCAAUGAAGAAGCUCACAUUCCAAGAAUUAAGAGUGAUCUUCUUCGGGAUGAAAACAUUGAUGAAGAUGUGGCCAAUAUGGUCAACAGGGCAUGCACAAAAGAAGGGAUUGUGAAAGAUUUGCGAGAAAAAUAUAAGAUACCUUCAAACCUAAACUGUAUGACACCCCCAAAGCUCAACCAUGAGAUAUCUAGCAUGCUUCCUGCUGCAUGUGUGGACUUGGACAGCAAGCUGCACGAUGUCCAGUUGUCAACAUCUGAAGCUAUGGUCCCUGGGGUGUACUUGCUGGAGAGAAUUCAUGAGAAGAUGUAUAAUGACUGUGAGGCUUUGGGGAUGCUUACUGAUGCCUUAGCUCUCUUGGGAGAUGCUAUGUUUCAGUACAAUAACCUCCGGAUGGAACUCUUCAAGGAGAACCUGCCAUUGCAGCUUCAACAGGAGUGUGUUUGGGGUGGUAGAGAGGCUGACAGUAAGGCUCCAGAUUGCAAAUAAUGAGCUGGUCACAGUCAGGGUCUUAGGAGGAGAGGGUAAGGUCAUGAGAGAUGUUGGGUCAGAGGGAAGGUUUGAUAUAGAGACAGAUUACAUUAGGAAAGAAACCAGGAAAGGUGAAAGGUACAGGUGAGGUUAGAUUAAAGGGAGGUGAGGUGGGAGGAAAGGUGUGGGCGAGGCUGGAAAAAGGAGUUAGGUGAGGUUAGAAGAAUAUAUGUGAGCUUAGAUUAUGGGUACAGGUGUGAUUAGAAUAAGGGGAUAGGUUAGGUUAGAGGAAAGGUAUUGAUGAGGUGAGAGGAACGGGGCUGGUGAGGUUAGAUAAAAAGUGAGUAGGUGAGGUUAGACUAAGGGGAUGGGUGAGGUUAUCCGAAGGGGAUUGAUGAGGUUAUCUGAAGGGAUAGGUGAGGUUAGGAUGAGGGGAUGGGUGAGGUUAUCUGUAGGGAUAGGUGAGGUUAUCUGAAGGGGAUAGAUGAGGUUAUCUUAAGGGAUAGGUGAGGUUAGGCUAAGGGGAUAGGUGAGGUUAUCCUAAGGGGAUAGGUGAGGUUAGGCUAAGGGGAUAGGUGAGGUUAUCCGAAGGGGAUAGGUGAGUUUAUCUGAAGGGAUAGGUGAGGUUAGGCUAAGGGGAUUGGUGAGGUUAUCCAAAGGGGAUAGGUGAGGUUAUCUGAAGGGAUAGGUGAGGUUAGGCUAAGGUGAUAGGUGAGGUUCCCCGAAGGGGGUAGAUGAGGUUAAAGGAUGAGAGGUUGAGAUUAGAAUGUGUACUCAGAUGAACAUGCCAUACACGACUGCUGAGCAAUUAAAACAUUGAAGAAAGUGAAAAUUUUGUGAUGAUGAGGAUAGACUGUAUGCAGGAAAUAAUGUUUUGUAUUAAUUUAUGAGAGGCAUUGCAACUUUUAGUUUAGUGUUAUGUCCCUUAGGUUCCAGGAUACACUGGUUGUGAUUUGAUAACAGGAACCAGUGCAUCAUGACCCUUGAGUUCUCCUGAUGUUACGGUGUGUGUAGGAAUCAUUCAGACACUUGACAUGUAGUUUCCCAAUUUGACCGUUCAUCAUGUCAUCGAUGUGUGAAAUGAGGAUCAGAUGGUCACAAUGUCUGACCAUAGUGAUGCAUGUGACUAGCUUAAGCUUUAUGUAAAAGCCCUGCGAUGUUGCUGGAAUAUUGCUGACUCUGCUUUUAUGGGACAUUCAAUUCUCUGUAUGCAAAAUGUAAAACUUGCUUCACAUCCUUCAAUAUUGGCUUAUUGUUGUUUAUAGUGAUGUAGACAUUGGCUAAGUUUUGAAAUGUACAACAUGCUUUGUACUGAGAGGGAGAAUGGAAAUUUGUUGAUAGAGAAACAUGAUUGAUAUAUAUGGUCUGUGUUAUAGGACUGUUGAUUGAGUUUAUAUUGUAUGUACAGCCAUGAAACAUUUAAUGUUUUUUCUUGGUGCAGAAAUGAGUGGAAGUUUUUUUGUCAACAUAUUUUCUUUUCACAAUAUGUAUGAAUGGCUUUGUUAAGGGAUCUUUGUACAGCAAAGCUAACCCUUUCCUAAGUUUAGCAGUGGUCAAGAAUAUUCUUUUAACAGUUCAAUUUAGUGGAAUGAUUAGGUCAUACUGAUUUGGAAAGAAAUAAGGGAAUUUCUUACAUUGAUAUCCUCUAGAUGUAUCAUCUGAGGGAGGACGGGCAGAAGCCUUAAGGUGCUUAAAAUUAGAUGUGCAGAGUUGUAGGGCUGGGACAGAUAACUCGGGUACCCACAGUACUAUGCGGACCCAUGGUUAGUCACGUGAUUUAUUGUUUAAUGACAAAAAAAAUCACUUUAGCACAGUGGUUACAUUACAAGUCGCCAAUAUUCGCAUUUCUUUCAGAUGAUGCACACAUUCCUUUUGACUUGCAAUGUUUGAGUAAAGAUAAAGCUUCAGUCAUCUUCAGUGUACAAAUGAUCUGAUCAUUUGAUACAUGUACAUAAGUAACUUUUGUUAUGGUUGCGGGGAAAAAAAUCCAAAUCGGACAUUUUGUACCCAACUUUUGAGACCUACAGUAGGUACUUGGCUAGGGUUGGGGAAUAGGGGGCACAAUGCAUCACUAUGGUACCUGGGUAGUAAAUCUGGACCCGUCCCAGCCCUACAGAGUUGUUACCCUUGUGGAGUUGCUUCCCUUUUGUGGAUGAGCAUUGCACUUUUUGGCUGUGUAGAGUUGCUUCCCUUUUGCGGAUGAGCAUUGCACUUUUUGGCUGUGUAGAGUUGCUUCCCUUUUGUGGAUGAGCAUUGCACUUUUUGGCUGUGUAGAGUUGCAUCCCUUUGGUGGAUGAUCAUUGUACUGUUGGUUGUGUCACGUUGUGUCCUUACAGUUGCUAGAGCCACUGUCCAUGAGUGCAAAUCAUACAUAAGCCUUUGUCUGGUCCUUGUGUUCAUAUUCCACAAUAGUGGUAUAUCAUUGAAAUCUGAUCAUAUGGGAUUUCUUCCGACUGCAAAACGUCUGAAGCAGUCUUAGGUAGGGGUGAAACGAUACAGCAUAUUUACGUCAAGUCAGGUGGAAACUUCUUAACUAUAAAUAUUUCAGAGCAGGUUCCAAAGGAAAAGCCAGCUGCAGACAUGUUCAUAGUGACUGUUCUUAGUUGUGAACUUGAAAAGCUAAUUACAACACAUUUUGCAAAAUUUGUCUAACAAAAACGCUGGAUUGGGGGUCAUGAAUAACUAGUAAGUGAUUUAUUUUAGAAAGUGUAUCGCUUUGUAUCGAUACAGAAAAAACAACAUGCGUCGUAUCAUCCCAUGAAAACUCAAUGCACAGGGCAUCAGUGUAUUGUUUCAUCCCAAUGUUAGGCACAUCUAGGGCUGGGACGGGUAACUCAGGUACCCGGGUUGGGUGGGUACUGAGUAGGACCCGGGUACUCAUAGGACUACCCAGACCCGUGGUUAGUCACAUGAUAUAUUGUGUAAUGACAAAAAUUAUCUAGAACCCUAUGGUUACACUACAAGUCACUAAUUUUCGCAUUUUUUUCUGACUAUGCACCAUUCCUUCUGACUUUAUAUAUGGUAGAAUAAAGAUAAUACGUCAGUCAACUUCAGUGUAUGCAUGACCAGAUCGUUUAACACGUGUAUCUAAAUACAUUUUGCCAGGGCUAUUGUAAAAAAUGCCCAAUCGGACAUUUUGUACCUAUCUCUCGAGACCUACAGUGGGUACCCGGGUAGGGUCGUGUAAUAAGGGCAUGGGUACACGGGUAGUAAAUUUGGAUUCGUCCCAGCCCUAGGCACAUCCCCUCAACUGUCUUGAGAUACCUUGUAAAACUGAAAUACUAUACAAAGGGGCCUUAAACCAUGACUCAGGCAAACCACUCCCCACACCACUCGUACAUACCAUUUCCACGAGUCUUGUCUUCUUCAUAACAUUAAUACUGAAUUCAUAUCCCUUAUUUCUUUGCUAUCAGUGUCUAUUUGGUAUACUUUAUCUGACAUUCAGUUUCAAAAUACUGAUGUUAAACAUUGUAUUUGUAUUUGUCUCUGUUAAUGUUCACAGGAAGAAUGAUUUCAAAUUGCAUUAAUGAUUUAUGUGACUGUAAUAAACAUCAUGUCUUACACCAUACAAAUUAAAACUAAUCAUGUG